AUGGGCGCGCUUCGCGUCGAAGUCCUCGCCCGUCGCACCGAGGCUGACCUCGUCUGGACGCCCGUCCUGCUGGGCGCCAUCUAUCGAGAAACCGCUGCGCCUCAGGGCGCCGCUGGUUCGGCGUCCGAUGUCUUCAAUCCGACGAAGAAACGCCUCACGUCGCGGGCGCUGCGCCGGACACUGCAGCGCAACAAUGUCGAGAUCAGCUGGCCUUCUGUCCACCCGAGAAGUCCCGUUCUAGCACUUCGUCUGCUAUACUAUGUGCCAGUCGAGGAACGCCCGGCCCUCAGUCAGGCACUGUAUAGAGCGUACUGGGUUGAAGACCUGGACAUCACCGACAGAUCAGUCCUGUUAGACGUGGCGCGGCGCAGCGGCGUUCCCAGCGCCUCGCGGCUUUCUGAGACUGUUUUUGACGACAAGGACGCUCAAGACGCGCUCCGCAAGGCGACCGCAGAAGUUAUCGCUCGUGGUGCGCCCGGACUACCCUCUUUCUGGGUGGCUGAGGAGAACUGGGUGGAUGCCGAUGGCAAGGCUCGUCAAGGCCGGCUUUACUGGGGACAAGAUCGCAUGCACUUUGUGGAGGCAGCACUUCUCGCGUUGAGACAAGGUGGUGACUACACCCAAGUCCCCCGUCUUGCAAGUUUGCAGCCGCGAUGUCUGCCAGGACCUUCGGUUGGCCAAAAACGCGUCGAGUUCUGGUACGACUUCAGCAGUCCCUGGGCGUUUCUCGGGUGGACACAGCUUGACCGGUUGAAGAGACAAUUCGGCCCGGACGUCGAGAUUGUCAUGAAGCCGAUACUGUUGGGCGCGCUGUUCAAAGCAGUUGGCGCACCUAAUGUCCCCAUGGCAGCUAUAUCGCAAGCAAAAAGGAAUUACAUGCGUCAAGAUCUGGGUGACUGGAUCCGCCAUUGGAAUAGUAUAAACCAGCAACGAGGGUCGCAUGAUAAGCCGAUCGAAUUCCGCUGGCCCAGCCAGUUUCCGAUCCGAACGCCCACAGCCUUGCGCUGCGCGAUCGUGGAUCCGAAUCUGGUCCCGCUGCUGUUCCGAGCGUGCUGGGAGCGCGACGUCAACGUUUCCGACGAUAGAGUCUUGGCCGAAUACCUCACCACGGCAGGCUGCGAUGCCACAGGCCUGCUCAAAAAGGCUUCCUCUCCACAAGUCAAGGACACUUUGCGAACUAAUACGCAAGGAGCUUUCGAUAUAGGUGUCUGCGGUGUACCUUCAUAUCGUGUGUUUGACAAGACGGACGAAGGCUGGGUGAUCAGUGGGCUCGAAGGCGGUGUUGUUUGGGGUCAAGACGAGCUUGUCGUGGUGGAAGACCUUGUUGCGGGUUGGAAGCAGAAGGAGGGUCCGGUCGCAGGCUAUGACAGUCCAGCGUCUCGGUUAUAG